CCGGCUUCAGCGUCGCCGCCAUCUUUGUUGAUGUGUCAGCUCUGCGGGGGCUUGGGGAAGUCGCGGCGGAGGGAGCUUGGUGUCGGCCCUGUUACUCAUCGCUGCCCCCCGCCCCUGCACUUCCUGUUCUUCUGGACCCCGUUAUGGAGAAGUUGGCCCCUACGCGGGAAUUCCAAUGGCCUCUUUAGGGGUGUGGCCUAAGGCUCGAAGAAGUGGGAUGUAAAACGAAGAUCAGGAACAGCUUUGAAGAGAUGCAAAGUGAAUUGGUGCCAGUCAGCAUGUCAGAAACAGAGCACAUAGCCUCCAUUUCCUCUGAUCAAAAUAUUGAGAAAACAUCUGAAAUAAAGGAAGACUCAUGCAAUUCGUUUUCUGGUGAUGAAAACAGCAGCUUAGAAAAUGAGUCCAAACUGUUGUCAUUAAAGUUUGAUAAAACUUUAUGUCAGCCCAGUGAACACAAUAAUCAAACUGAAACACAGGAAAAUUAUAUUCCAGAUCAUGGUGGAGGUGAGGAUUCCUGUGCUAAAACAGACAUAUGCCCAGAAAAUUCUGAACAAAUAGCUAAUUUUCCUGGUGGAGAUUUUACAAAGCAAGUUUUGAAAACAAAUGAAGCAGAACAAACAGUAACACAAAUAUUGGCGGAAUUAAGGUCAUCUACAUUUACAGAAGCAGCUAAUCAAAAGACCUAUUCAGAAAGUCCUUAUGAUACAGACUGCACCAAGAAACUUAUUUCAAAAAUGAAGAAUGUUUCAACAUCAGAGGAUUUGUUGGAAGAAAUAGAAUCUGAGCUCUUAUCUACUGAGUUUGCAAAAGAACACCGACUACCAAAUGGAAUGAAUAAGGGAGAAAAUGCAUUAGUUAUGUUUGAAAAGUGUGUGCAAGAUAAGCAUUUGCAGCAGGAGCAUACCAUAAAGAAGUUAAUUAAAGAAAAUAAGAAGCAUCAGGAACUUAUCUUAGACAUUUGUUCAGAAAAAGACAAUUUAAGAGAAGAACUAAAAAAAAGAACAGAAACAGAGAAGCAGCAUAUGAACACAAUUAAACAGUUAGAAUCAAGAAUAGAGGAACUUAAUAAAGAAGUUCAAGCUUCCAAAGAUAAAGUACUAGCUCAAGACAUUGCAACUAAAAAUGCAAUUCAGCAAUUACACAAAGAGAUGGCCCAUCGGAUGGAACAGGCCAACAAGAAAUGUGAAGAAGCACGCCAGGAAAAAGAAGCAAUGGUAAUGAAGUAUGUAAGAGGCGAGAAGGAAUCUUUAGACCUUCGAAAGGAAAAAGAGAUACUUGAAAAAAAACUUAGAGAUGCAAAUAAAGAAUAUGAGAAAAACACUAACAAAAUUAAGCAACUUUCUCAGGAGAAAGGACGGCUGCACCAGCUGUACGAAACAAAGGAAGGUGAAACUACUAGACUCGUCAGAGAAAUAGACAAAUUAAAGGAAGAUAUCAACUCUCAAAUCAUUAAAGUAAAAUGGGCACAAAACAAAUUAAAAGCAGAAAUGGAUUCACACAAGGAAACCAAAGAUAAACUCAAAGAGACAACAAUAAAAUUAACUCAAGCAAAGGAAGAAGCAGAUCAAAUUCGGAAAAAUUGUCAGGAUAUGAUAAAAACAUAUCAGGAAUCAGAAGAAAUUAAAUCAAAUGAACUUGAUGCCAAGCUUAGAGUCACAAAAGGAGAACUUGAAAAACAAAUGCAAGAAAAAUCUAACCAGCUAGAAAUGCAUCAUGCCAAAAUAAAGGAACUAGAAGAUCUGAAGAGGACAUUUAAGGAGGGCAUGGAUGAGCUACGAACACUGAGAACAAAGGUAAAAUGUCUAGAAGAUGAACGAUUGAGAACAGAAGAUGAACUAUCAAAAUAUAAAGAAAUUAUUAAUCGCCAAAAAGCUGAAAUUCAGAAUUUAUUGGACAAAGUGAAAAUUGCAGGUCAGAUACAGGAGCAGCAUCAAAGAGGUAAACAAGAAAUUGAAAAUUUGAAGGAAGAAGUGGAAAGUCUUAAUUCUUUGAUUAAUGACCUACAAAAAGACAUCGAAGGCAGUAGGAAAAGAGAAUCUGAGCUACUACUGUUUACAGAAAAGCUCACUAGUAAGAAUGCACAACUUCAAUCUGAAUCCAAUUCUUUGCAGUCACAGUUUGAUAAACUUUCCUGUAGUGAAAGUCAGUUACAAAGCCAAUGUGAACACAUGAAACAGACAAAUAUUAAUUUGGAAAGUAGAUUGUUAAAAGAAGAAGAACUGCGAAAAGAGGAAGUCCAGACUCUGCAAGCUGAACUCACUUGUAGACAAACCGAAGUUAAAACACUGAGUACCCAGGUGGAAGAAUUAAAAGAUGAAUUAGUAACUCAAAGACGUAAACAUGCCUCUAGUGUCAAGGAUCUUACCAAACAACUUCAGCAAGCACGAAGAAAGUUAGAUCAGGUUGAGAAUGGAAGCUAUGAUAAAGAAGUCAGCAGCAUGGGAAGUCGUUCUAGUUCAUCAGGGUCCCUCAAUGCUCGAAGCAGUGCAGAAGAUCGAUCUCCAGAAAAUACUGGGUCGUCAGUAGCUGUGGAUAACUUUCCAGAAGUAGACAAGGCCAUGCUGAUUGAGAGGAUAGUAAGGCUGCAGAAGGCACAUGCUCGGAAAAAUGAAAAGAUAGAAUUUAUGGAGGAUCACAUCAAACAAUUGGUGGAAGAAAUUAGGAAAAAAACAAAAAUAAUUCAGAGUUACGUUUUACGAGAAGAAUCAGGCACACUUUCUUCAGAGGCAUCUGAUUUUAACAAAGUCCAUUUAAGUAGACGGGGUGGCAUCAUGGCAUCUUUAUACACAUCCCAUCCAGCUGAUAGUGGAUUAACAUUGGAACUCUCUUUGGAGAUCAACCGAAAACUACAGGCUGUUUUGGAGGAUACGUUAUUGAAAAAUAUUACUUUGAAGGAAAAUCUGCAAACACUUGGAACAGAAAUAGAACGUCUUAUUAAACACCAGCACGACCUAGAACAGAGGACGAAGAAAACCUAACACAAAGUUCUUCCUCAGUAAACAGACAAAAGCUACACAAGGAGCAGGUGCCAUUGCCCAGUAUUGUUGGAAACUUUUCCCUGCUUUGUGUGUCAGCCAGUAAAAAAUUUGUUUUGCUUCAUCUGUAUAAAAAAGUACCUUUUUACAAUACAAGUGCAUUGCUGUGUAUACUGUAAGAAUGUAAGCUUUGAUGAAACUUGUUUUUGUGUGGUGACAGCCUGUCAUUGAAUCAGAACAACUUAUUUAAUUUGCUGAUAGUCAUAUGAAGUGCUGAACAUUAUGACAAGGGCUUUUGAAAACCCCUUCUCCAUAUUUCUUCCCUUUAAAAUAUAUAAUCUCAAAAAUGAUUUCACUUUUUAAAAUUAUGCAUGAAAGGACAGGUGUUAAUCAUUCAGUAAUAUGCUAUUUCUCCAACAUGAAGAAAACUAAAGAAGUGAUAAAAACUUGUUUUGACAUUCUAAUAUAACAUUUGCUUGUGUGUUAGGGAUGCCAAUGAGUUCUUAAACCAUUUGAUUUUAAUGGAAGCUAAUAGGAAAGCUAGCUUUUGGUAACUAGCAAUGAUCAGGCAUUGUAUGCCCCUGUCAGGUUUCCUUAUUUGUGCUAGGUACAUUUUUUUCAGAUUCGAAUUGAGUUAAUAGUUGAGUUUUUUAAAUCUCCAGUUACAUAAAAUAUGAUUUUAAAUAAUCUGCUCAUUUAGAGAAUUCCUGUGGACUUCAGUUAUAUUUUAAAAUGUGAAAUGGAUUAGUCUCAUUAGAACAGAGAGAUGAAUAAUGAAUUCUUUGAAACUGAAGUACUUUAGUUUUACUGACAUCAAGUAUAAAUUGAUAUAAUUUAAGAUAUUUAUAAAGAACCAGUUCCCAAGAAAAUCCAGCAUAUGGCACUGUUAACCAUUUUAUCUGUGCACCAUUCUUUACUAUUGGUAUAAUUAUAUAUUAUAGUGGGGUGAUCUUACAGUCCCCAGAUAUGAUAUGUUUGGUAUAUUUAUUUAAAAUACAAAAUAAUUACAUCUCCGUAACCAAAGGAAUUUUAGAACCAAAUUUAUGUAUCCUGUUGGAGUUUUACAAUAUUUAUGAUGUACACUUAAAUGUUGACAGUCAUAGUAUCAGUAUUUCUGUCAUUGAAUUUUUUUCUCACCUCUUGUAAUUUCUCACUUAUUUUAAUUUUUGUGUGUGGUUUUUCACAUUUCAUUAUAUUCAGAUAAUUUCUAUAGUAGAUACCUUGGCACAUACACAGAUGUUGCAGCAAGCCUCAUUUUCGUUUUGGAUUUUCGCCAACUUCUUUCUCCCCUUAACAGAAGUAAGCUUUGCGGUGGAUUAAAAGCCUUUAAAGAAUUGUGUGGCAGGGCUUCCCUGGUGGCACAGUGGUUGAGAGUCCGCCUGCCGAAGCAGGGAACACGGGUUCGUCCCCCGGUCCGGGAGGAUCCCACGUGCCGCGGAGCAGCUGGGCCCGUGAGCCAUGGCCGCUGGGCCUGCGCGUCCGGAGCCUGUGUUCCGCAAUGGGAGAGGCCACAACAGUGAGAGGCCCACGUAGCGCAAAAAAAAAACAAAAAAACAAGAAUUGUGUGGCUUUAAAAGUUGGGCUGGGCUUAUGGUGGCAAUUUCCCUUUAAUGUGUUUUAACUUUUUUUUUUAAAUGAACAUUGCUUAAAAAGAUCAGUUACUAAGGAUUAGAUAAUUCAAUGUAGCAUUUUUUCUGUCUAUUGAGUUAUAUGUUGUCAUCUAAAAACAAAAUCUUUUCACUUCAGAAUGGAAAUACAAGUUCAGAAACAUUUUAUAUUUAAAAUAGCUAUAAAACGUUUAGCCUUACCAUAACGUAUCUUGUUCUUUUUACCAGUAAUAAUUUAUCAAAAUAAAGAAAUAAGAGGGUAAGUGCAAUCACAUCUGAAUUAUUUUCCUAGUUGUUUUUGACAAUACUGUCGAUACUCCCAAAGACUAUUUAGAGUAGUCAACAUAACUAAAUUUAUAUAGCUUCUUAUGUGAUAUAGAUUCAUACACUACAAUAUUUGUUUUUUUCCUCCCAAGACACAAAAUAUAUUAAUGGAGACCAAAUAGUGGUCAGAACCAUAGUAUUCUAUGUCUAUACACCUUAAAAAUAUAUAUACAUUUUUUUGCAUACAUAUAUUACAUAUGAAAAUGAAACAUUCCAAUAUUAACAUUUGUGCCAGCAUUCACUCAGAGAAGUUUAAUGGUUAAACAAUUUUAGAAGAAUGUAAUUAUAAACCAUAUUUUGACUUAUUAUUACUUUUCCCACCCAUAAAUGUAUGGAACUGUGGAAAACUUGAAGAAAAUGCUUUAUUUUCCUUUUGCUCCUUAGUUUCUACUAUAUCCUUUUGUAUAUGGAUCAGGACUGAGCAAAAUGUGUACAAAAAUGUGCAUUUAUCAGCUCCCUCUCUCUAAACUGAUUCACAGACAGAUUCUGAUGUAAACAUUUAGAGGACCUUCUACCCUUACUGUACUGAAUAUAUGGAGAGAAGAAUGGGGUGUCUAGAAAAGGAAAAUGGUCCAGAUAAACUUGAGAUCUAGGAGAAAUUUUGUUUUAUGUGUUUAUUAUUAAUUGAACACAUCAAAUGCUAUUUUUGUUAGCAGUAUUUUGGUUUCUUUGAGCAGGAAAUGAUUUUUGUGUGUGUGUAUAUAUAUGUAUACACUUCGCUAGGUUCACUUUUAAAGUGCAUACUUGCUGUGACUCCCUUUUUCCCAUACCACUUCAAACGUUAGCCUGAUAAGUUUUAAGGAUUGAAAAUGGUGGGUUUGGGCAGAAGAAUGAGUUUAAACUUUAGUGUUGUUUUUUUUUUUUAAACUUUCUAUCCAUAACCAUUUAAAGCAGAUUAUCUUGAAAUUAAAUUUUGUCAGGCUACCAACAUGUUAUUUAUUCAUGUAAUAAACAUAGUUAUUAGAAACCUCUUAUUGCCAGGCACCAUACAGGGUAUCAUCAUUAUACUGGUAGACAGACCAGACAGGGCAAUUCCUGUCCUUACGGAGCUUAUGGUCUAGUGAAAACAGCUGGGAGGCAGUAGGAGCGGCUCUUUAAGCCUCUGCAGCUCACAACCAGCCCCUGUUGGAAGAGGGUUAAUUCACUUGUGCAAGUAGGUGACCCAGAAGUCUCACUCUGGCGUGAAGCUUUGGGAAAUGAAUCCUUGCUGAGGUACGCUGAGAGCAGAUUGCAGUUUUCAUGGUGGUUCUGCACAUUCCUAACUUUUUCACAGCUUGAUGUUUAUUCUUUAAGAAGAAGGAAAAAAAUCCAAAGACUAUAAAAUGGUAUUUGAUUUUUGCCAUUUUAGUAAAUUAUUAAUGUCUACUUGAUGCUUAUAAAGAUGAAUCUAAUCACAUUGUCAUGCAUAUUUCCAAACUUUGUUUUGCAGUAUACUCUAAAGACUUUUACAUAUAAUUUUAGACCAAGAUUUACCAGUAGAAGGAAAAAAGCACUAGAAACCAUUAAUAUUGUAAAUGUUAUAUAUGCUACCGUGGUGAAAAUAUUUUUAUCAAUCAUGUUAUUCCAUAUCAUUAAUUUGCCUUAUGGAUGCUGAGUCCAGUGGUCUAUCUUCCAGUAACCUUUUUAAAACAAAACAAUUCUUUUUUGACACUAAGAUUGUUAAUUUUUAACACCAGUUGGUGGCACUAGAAACCUGAAAAUUUUCAAGGCUGAACAAGAGAAGAUAAUCCAAACAAAGAAUUUUCAGGAAAAUAAAUGAAAAAUAUAAUUGUAUAUUAAAGAUGUAUUUUUCUUCUGGAAUGAAAUUCUUUUUUAAAAUGCAUAUGGCUGUCCAUUUUGACUAUGAUGAAAUUUGUUUACCUUCCAAAGUUCAUAUAUAUAUAUAUAUGUGUGUGCAUUGUACAGAUAAUCUUUAGUUUGAUUAUACUGUUCAUUUUGUAAAUAUGUUUCUAUAUAAAAUGAAGCUUUUCAAGAGAAUUUUAUGUAUAUAUUGUACUUAUUAAAUAGGUAAUGUCUAUUUACCAAGUUGUAUUUUA